GACUCCAGGCCGCUCAUUGGCCGUGGGUGCUAUGACGUCGUGGGGAUCGCAGACAGAAACCCCAGCGCCCGGCGGCGAGUGGGAGGUAUUGUCCGUCACCCCGGGCUUUGUUACGUCUUCGCCUACUCACCUGGCCGCGGGCGCGUCCUGGCCGCUGCAGCCCGGAGCGGAGUGCCAGCCGCUGCCGCCGCCGCCGCCGCCGCCGCCAUGGUGUCCCCAGUCACUGUGGUGAGUGCGCGAGCGAGCGAGCCAGUGUCCGGCGCCCACCGGCCUGGGGACUGGGCUGCGGCAGGCCAGGCCGCCGGGGGCCGUGGAAGGGGCAGGGAUCUCGCGGCGGUCGGCGUCCCCGGGAGGGAGGUGGGCGCUGUCAAGCCCCCCCCCCCCCACCGCUCCCCGGACCCGCGGCGCCCCUCCUCCACGCAGCCCCUGCCCGCCCGCCGGAGGGAGGAAAACAGUGGGCAUGUGACUCGGAAGCGUGACUUUGUUGAUGUCUGUGUGUCUGACGCGGGUCGGCGGGCUGGUUGCCGGGAAGAGGUGAAGAGUGAGGGACCCAAGCUGGUGCCCUUCUUCAAGGCCACCUGCGUGUAUUUUGUGCUCUGGCUGCCCUCGUCCAGCCCAUCGUGGGUCAGCGCCCUCAUCAAGUGCCUGCCCAUCUUCUGCCUCUGGCUCUUCCUUCUGGCCCAUGGCCUAGGAUUCCUGCUGACCCACCCCAGUGCCACCCGCAUCUUUGUGGGGCUCGUCUUCUCCGCUCUUGGUGAUGCCUUCCUCAUCUGGCAAGACCAGGGCUACUUUGUGCACGGUCUGCUGAUGUUUGCCGUGACCCACAUGCUCUACGCCUCGGCCUUUGGCAUGCGGCCACUGGCUCUUCGGACGGGUCUGGUGAUGGCAGUGCUGUCGGGCCUGUGCUAUGCUCUUCUCUACCCAGGCCUCUCAGGUGCCUUCACCUACCUGGUGGGGGUCUAUGUGGCCCUUAUCAGUUUCAUGGGCUGGCGGGCUAUGGCAGGACUACGGCUGGUUGGGGCAGCCUGGCGCUGGACUGAGCUGGCAGCAGGCAGUGGUGCACUGCUCUUUAUCAUCUCAGACCUGACCAUCGCCCUCAACAAGUUCUGCUUCCCUGUGCCCUACUCGCGGGCACUCAUCAUGUCCACCUACUAUGCUGCCCAGAUGCUCAUCGCCUUGUCAGCUGUUGAGAGCCGGGAGCCAGUGGAAGACUACAGACUGAGCAAGGCCAAUUGAGAAGCCAGGGUGUGGUUACCCCUCUCUCCUCCUGGGGGAGGGGUCCGGAACCUGCAAGAACUGAGUCAGGAUGGCUGCAGGACUGACCUGGGGCAGUAGAUACCACUUGGGAAAUGUACACAUUUGAAGGGGGGUAAGCAGGAAAAGGAUCUCUCUAGCAAAGUUGGUGUUCCAGAACAAUGCUUACAGUUAAAAAGAGCCAGCCUAAUUCUCCUUGCUGGAGCCAGAAUUAGACAUCUCCCCACCUCUAACCCCAUAGGGGCCGUCAAAGCCCCUCCAGAGGGCAAUGGUGCUCAGCGUCUUGACCUCCCCCCGCUUCUAGAUGGAAGAGUCUGACUCACCCCACUCCCAUUCUUUCUGAUCUGCACAAGAGUCGAGUGAAGAGGGGAGAAACCUGACCUGAGAUGACCCAAACCCAGGGCUUGAAACCUGUUUCACAGGCCCCUAGGUGAGAAGACUGGAUGAGAAUGGAAUCUUCCUUUCCCUCAUCUAUCCUUGUUACUUGAACUAUCUCCGUUUCUAAGUGGUGGGUGGGAAGGUGAAGGGGUGUCUGCCCAGGUAGGGAAGACUGGGGACUUCACUGGCCUAGGAGCUUGGGCUACCAAUGAUUCAAGUUGGCCCCAUCUCUCUCAGAGGCCAGUCCAGAGCUCAGGCCCACCACCACCACCGCCACCUUUAGACCCUAUCCCCAGGGUUAGGGUGAACUAUACCAAAGGAAGGGGCCAGCCUGUAUGUGUGUCUGUGCGUGUGAAUUUCUGUGUGUGUGUGUGUGUGUGUGUGGUCUGUCUCCCAGACUGUCUGGGUCUUUCUGUGCCAUCUGUCUCUGUCCUGCUGUCUAAGUCUUAUAGGGAGAGGGCCUCAGGGAGUUGCUGAGGGGGUGCUGAGCCUGGCUUAGAGAGCUGGGACCCCAUCCCACCACCAUCAGUGCUUUCUUCUCUGCCCCUUCUGCACUGGGAGCAAGAGGAGAGGGCUCCAAUGACAUUCUAGGGUCAUAAGACCUAAGGCACAUUCAAUGCAAAAGGAGCAAGGAUGGGACAACGCCAUCCUUUGCUGUUCAUGUGAAAAAAAUAAAAACCAAGGGCCACUGGC